AUGGAAGAGCUCUCAAGUUCGAGGCUAGAGGAAGCGGGGGAUGUGAUAGAGGCUUCGAGUGAGGUGGUGGAAGGAAGCUAUGGUGUUCGGGUAAGAGGAGGAAGGAGGUUAGGGUGUUCAAAUGAAGAGAAAAGAAGGUUAUCGUGUUUGGGUGAUGGUCUAAUCAAAGAUGAUGUUGGAAUGCCAAAGAAAUGUGAACAAGAAAUAGAAACAUGUGGCCCCAGCGAAGUCAAAUGUGGGCCAAUUUUUCACGAUUCCGCGAUUGAGUAA